ACCCGGGUCUGCGGGAUGUGGGUCGACGCCGUCGCUCUGUCAGUCCUGGGCGCCUGGCUGAGUUUGGGAUGGGAGCUACGAGGGGCCGAGGGGCUGGCGAGGGGAGGCCAGGGGACUCCCUGCAGCUUCACCUUCCUGCUACCCGCCCUGGAGACGGGCCGAGCGGCCGGCCGGCGGGACAUCAAUAUCCUGCAGCGGGACUGGCCGCCGAGCCAAGCCGGCGCCACGGAUCAGAAAUUUCGCCAACUGGAGACGUCCACCCGCAACAAUAGCCAGUGGCUGCAUAAGCUUGAAAGUUACAUUGUGGACAACAGCAGAUCAGAGAUGGUUCAUCUGCAGCAGAGCGCUGUACAGAACCACACGGUGACCAUGCUGGAGAUAGGGACCGAUCUGCUGAGUCAGACGGUGGAGAGGUCACGCAGGCUGACUGACAUUGAAGCUCAGCUUUUAAACCAGACAUUGAGGAUUGAAAUCCAACUCUUGGAGAACUCCCUUUGCACGAACAAGCUGGAGAAACAGCUCCUGCUGCAAACCCACGAUAUCAGCAGAAUACAUGACCGUAGUCGCCUUUUAGAGAGGAAGGUGUUCGACAUGGAGGCCAGGCAUCGGAGUGAGGUGGGCUCCCUGAAGAGGGAGCGGGAGCGUCUUCAGCAGCUUCUGACCCGGCAGGUUGGCACGGUCGGGGAGCUAGAGAGACGUCUGAACACAGCCGGCAACGACAGCGCCGAUCUGCAGCGUCAACAACUACGGAUCAUGGGCACUGUGCAACGCCUCAUCACCCUGGUCUCUCAGGGCAGAGCAGAACCCAAGAAAGAGGAGAAGAUCUACGCAGAUUGUUCGGAGGCCUUCGCGUCCGGUGCUACUGUGAGUGGUGUCUACACCAUCCGUAUCAGGAACGUCACCGACCCCCGGCAGGUUUAUUGUGACAUGGAGACUGGUGGCGGGGGCUGGACAGUGAUACAGAGGAGGUUUAAUGGCAGCCUGGACUUCCAGAGAAAUUGGACUGAGUAUAAACUGGGUUUCGGGGAGAGCCCAGCUGAGCACUGGCUGGGAAACGAAGCCAUUCACCGGUUGACCAGUCAACGAGCUUACUCCCUACGGAUUGAGCUGAGGGACUGGGACGCAAACCACGUCUACGGCUUUUACGAGAGAUUCCGCUUGAGUGGCGAGCGAAAGAAAUACAGGCUCUUCGUGAGGGGGUACAGGGGCACAGCAGGACUCCAGAGCAGCCUGGCAGCUCACGGGGCCAGUUUCAGCACCAAGGACGCGGACAACGACAACUGCUACUGCAAGUGUGCCCUGCUGUUAACAGGAGGCUGGUGGUUCGAUGCCUGUGGCCUGUCCAACCUCAAUGGGAUGUACUACGCCGCUGGCAACCAUCUGCGAAAGCUCAACGGCAUCAAGUGGCACUACUUCAGGAACCCCAGUUACUCCCUGCAGGCCACCACCAUGAUGAUUAGGCCCUUGGACUUCUGAUGCAGUGCGUGAGGCUUGCACAGAUCUAACCAAACCUUACCAACCCGUUAAAAUCAAUGAACCCAACUGGUUAAACCCAUUGCCUCAAACCAAUUAAACCUAAUGCUAUCAACUGGUUAAACCAAAUACCUCCCAAGAGCUCCACCCAGGUAUACUCAAUGCUACUAACCCAAUGCCUCCAACCUGUAAAACCUUAAACCAAAUACCUUGCUGCACUCAAUGCCUCGAACUGGUUAAAACCCAAUUCCGCUAAACUAAACACUCUCAAUCAGUUAAACCAGUGACUUCCAAGCAAUUAAGCCCAAAGUUGCUAACCAGUUAAACCCAAUGCCUCCGACCACCAUUGAUCUGGCAAAAGACCUCCAGCUGCCUCAGUUUACUAUUGUUUAAUUUAGAGACACAGCGUGUGAACAGAUUCUUCGGAUCACCGAAUCCACACCCUCCUUCGAUCACGCAUACACAUGUAAAUUUCUGCUACUUAUACAAUGAUAAUCCCUUACUCGGUUAUUGCGGACAGUCGGCAAUAAUGGACACCACCCCCAUGGACCAUUAUAACGAGGGUUUACUGUACCUCUCAAACCCAUGACUUUUGCCACCAUGAAGGACAAGGGCAGUGGGAGCACCAGGAUGAGCCUCCAAACCACACAACAUUCUGACUUGGAAAUAUACCAUUGGUAGAGUCUGAAGAAUGAUCCUGACCCGAAACAUCAGCUAUACAUGUUCUCCAGAGAUGCUGCUGCCUGACCAGUUGAAUUACUCCAGCGCUUUGCAUUUUUUUUAACCAUCGUUUCUUAAUUGUCGCUGGGUCUAAAACCUGGAACUCCCACCUAAACAGCAAUUCAACCAGAAGAAACAGAAAUGGACAAAGUGCUGGAGUAACUCAACGUAUCCGGCAGCAUCUCCGGAGGAAAAGAAUAGGUGACGAUUUGGGUCGAGACCUUUCUGCAGACUUUACCGAUGGUAUAUUUCAGACACUGAAGAUUGGAGGUACACAAAAAUGCUGGAGAAACUCAGCGGGUGCAGCAGCAUCUAUGGAGCGAAGGAAAUAGGUGACGUUUCAGGCCGAAACCCUUCUUCAGACUGGGUUCCUGACCCGAAACAAAACCUAUCCUUUUCCUCCAGAGAUGGUGCCCGACCCGCUGAAUUACUCCAGCUCUUUAUGUCCAUCUUUGGUAUAAACCAGCAACCAGUUUCUACAGAAGAAUCAGAAGUUGGUUUCAGAGGUGGUUCGCCAGUAGCUUCUCAAGGGUAACUAAAGGUAGGCAGUAAAUGGUGACUUCCCCAGUUGCUCAUGGAGCCGGAGAGUGAAUAAUAAUGGGAAAAUAUCGAACAAAGAGGAGAGUUUGUGGGUCUGGGGUAAAUCAGCUCACACGUUCUGGCAGAAUCUUAUCUCCCAAGCCUCUCACCAUCUGUCAGCCUAAGUGCUUUUGGGAUUCCUUCUGUAAAAAUAGCAUUGGUGAGUGCAGAGAGGAGAUGAUGACAAAGCUGUCUGUGCAGAAUCAUACAUUUUCAGCUGCCAGCACACAUUCCAUGAAGAGGCUGUAUCUGUUGCUCUCCUCACUGAGUUGGAAUAAGAUGAGAGACGCAAGCAAAGGCAGAAGCAAUGAUUCAAUGAUACUUUAUUGUCACAUGUACCUAGGUACAGUGAAAUGUUUUGUUUCACAUAAAACCCGGUAAAAUCAUACAGCAGGCCUCACCUAGGAAGCACACAAUGACUUGCCAAGCAUCUGGUGCCGACAACGUUACAAAAAGGCCAUUGAACAGUCUUAUCUUCUGCUGGCAGUGGUGAACCAGGGCUGGGCCACCCUUCAUUCUAAGUGGCCCUCCUCGCACCCGGCAGCGCGGCCCCCCUACGCUCUCGGCAUUUGCUCGUGGCGGCCCUCCUCAUUCUCGCUGGACUCUUGUGCAGAACACAAAGUGCUGGAGUCAGGCAGCAACUCUGGAGGACAUGGACAGGCAAUGUUUUGGGUCAGGUCCCUUCUUCAGACUGAUAUAGAUAAAUUCAAUCGUUUAUAUAGGAACAGAAGUAGGCCACUCGCCCCAUUGAGUCAACUCCACAAUUCAAUCUUGGCUGAUCUAUCUUUCCCUCUCAACCCCAUUCUCCUGUCUUCUCCCUUUGACAUCCUUAUAAAUCAAGAAUCUGACAAUCUCCGCCUUAAAAAUACCCAAUGACUUGGCAUUCACAGCCGUCUGUGGCAAUGAAUUCCACAGAUUCACCACCCUUCUACAUUAAUCCCAUUAGCUCACGUUUGGCCCAUCUCCCUCUAAACCUUUCCAAUCCAUGUACCUGUCCAAGUGUCUCCAGUACUCUGUGUUCUACAGGAAUAAUGUGCUGUUUAUGUUUAAAUUUAGUAUUCUCGAGUGUACUGAAAUACAGUGAAAAGCUUUGUUUUGCAUGCUAUGCAAUCAGAUCGGAUAAUAGCAUACAUAAAUAUAACCAAGCCAAACUCAAGUACAAUAGAAUAAAGACAAAGAUACAGAAUGCAGAAUAUAGUUCUCAGCAUUGUAGCACACCAGUUCCAGAUAUAAAGUCCAAUGUUCGCAAUGGGGUAGAGGUGAAUCGGUAAUUCCCUAUGUUAUGGAAGGACCGUUCAGAAGCCUGAAAACAGAAGGGAAGAAGUUGUUCCUGUGUCUGGUGGUACGCUCUUUCAAGCUUCUGUAUCUACUGCCGGAUGGUAGAAGGAGAAAUCGGAAUGACUGGGUGGGACAAGUCUUUGAUUAUAAAUUUAUUGGCAGGUAUGCAAUCAUCUAUUAGAUUUUAAAAAAUAUACUCCAAAUUCAUUUGGUUUUGCACCACCUGUUGAAAUUCAGGCAGAACAAAUUAAUUCAUCUUAAUUUUCUCUUUCAGUUCAAAUUAGAAAAUUGUAGGUGUAUAAGGAACUUCAAAGGUUUCAAAACUGUUUUAUUGUCACAUGUAUCAAUUUAGGUACAGUGAUGUGCAAAUUACCAUACAGCCAUUCGGAAAAAAAGCAAUAAGACACACAAACACAUAAAAGUUAACAUAAACAUCCACCACAGUAGAUUCCCCACAUUCCUCUGUGAUGGAAGGCAAAAAUGUCCAAUCUGCUUCCUCUUUAGUUCUCCCACGGUCGGGGCAGUCAAACCAUCCAUUGGGGCGAGCCGGCAGUUGAAGCCCCUGUGUCGGGGCAAACUAAACUCCCGCGUUGGGGUGGUCGAAGCUCCCUCGGCUUGCAGUUCCCGAUGUCAAUCUCUGACCAGAGAUCAUGGGCUCCGUGACUACUCUAUCUUUAAGAGCUCUUUCUAUCUCUCUCUUGAAAGCAUCCAGAGAAUGGGCCUCCACUGCCUUCUGAGGCAGAGAAUUCCACAGAUUCACAACCCUCUGUGUGAAAAAUAUUUCCUCAUCUCCGUUCUAAAUGGCUUACCCCUUAUUCUUAAGUGCGCUUAAUGUGGUUUGAAAAUGGCUUGCCCCUUAUUCUUAAACUGUGGCCCCUGGUUCUGGACUCCCCAAACAUCGGGAAAUGUUUCCUACCUCUAGCGUGUCCAAACCCUUAAUAAUCUUAAUAUGUUUCAAUAAGAUCCCUUCUCAUCCUUCUAAAUUUCAGAGUAUACAAGCCAAGCCGCCCCAUUCUAUCAACAUAUGACAGUCCCGCCAUCCCGGGAAUUAACCUCGUGAACCUAUGCUGCAUUCCCUCAAUAGCAAGAUUGUCCUUCUUCAAAUUUGGAGACUAAAACUGCACACAAUACUCCAGGUGUGGUCUCACUAGGGCCCUGUACAACUACAGAAGGACCUAUUUGCUCCUAUACUCAACCCCUCUUGUUAUGAAGGCCAACAUGCCAUUAGCUUUCAUCUAAGUCAUUAAUGUAUAUUGUAAAUAGCUGUGGUCCAGGUACCGAGCCUUGCGGUACCCCACUAGUGACUGCCUGCCAUUCUGAAAGGGACCCGUUAAUCCCUACUCUUUGUUUCCUGUCUGCCAACCAAUUUUCUAUCCAUGUCAGUACCUUACCCCCAAUACCAUGUGCUCUAAUUUUGCCCACUAAUCUCCUAUGUGGGACCUUAUCAAAUGCUUUCUGAAAGCCCAGGUACACUACAUCCACUUGUCCAUUUUCCUUGUUACAUUCUCAAUAAAUUCCAGAAGAAUAGUCAUGCAAUGAUUUCCCCUUCGUAAAUCCAUGCUGACUCGCACCGAUCCUGUUACUGCGUCCAAAUGUGCCGCUAUUUCAUCGUUUAUAAUUGACACAGCAUCUUCCCCACCACCGAUGUCAGGCAAACUGGUCCAUGAUUCCCUGUUUUCUCUCUCCCGUCUUUCUUAUAACAUUAGCUACCCUCCAAUCCACAGGAACUGAUCCUGAAUCUAUAGAGCAUUGGAAAAUGAUCACCAAUACGUCCACGAUUUCUAGAGAACACAAAGAAGGAAAGGGUAGACACACAGUUGGCGAAGCAGCCAUUGCUGGAGCCACCCGGUGGAUAUUUUGAACGGAAAAUCCAUUAAAAUAUACUUCUAUUAAAUAAAACACUUCUGAUUGUAUUAUAUUCUGCUUUUUAAUUUAUAUGUCAAGGUCUGGAGAAGGGUCUCGACCCGAGACAUCACCCAUUUGUUCUCUCCAGAGAUGCUGCCUGUCCCGCUGAGUUACUACAGCUUUUUGUGUCUAUCUUUGGUUUAUACCAACAUCUGCAGUUCCUUCUUACACAUUUGAUUUUAAUUAUUUUGGUACAUAAAAGAUAGAUUUUUCACCUCCAAUAUGUCGACAGGGUAGUCAGUCAGAAGAUUUGUCCCUGGAAGAAAAUAUCAAAGACUAGAGGGCAUAGCGUUAAGAUAAAAGAGGCAAAGCUGAGAGGCGAUGUGCAGAACAAGUUCUUUACACAGAGGGUGGUGGGUACCUAGAACACACUGCCAGGGGUGGUGGUGGAAACAGAAUAGACAGUGGUGUUUAAAGGGCAUUUGAAUAGGAACAUGAAAAUGCAGGGAAAGGAGGGAUAUGGAACAUGUGCAGAGGUGUCUAGUUUAUCUUGGUAUCAGGGCCGGCCUUAAGC